ACCUGUUGGCCACAAUCACCGCUGAGCCAAACGGCGCACUCAUUGAGCCACUGUCUGGCCCCUACAUGCAUGAGAGUUAUCCAACCACGAGAGGUUCGGUGCUUGCUCUUUGACCCGUUGAUAUAUAGAUGCAUGUAUCUUCCCAGCUGUAUCAGUUUACUAGUCAAGUGGCCUUGCAGUCAAGGCAAUUCAAUCGGUUGCACGGAGUCUGCAAUCCUGUGCAAGGAAAAUACAGCAUACUAUUUUUCAAGCUAUUCAUUUGAAGGAUUCUAAAUCACCAGACACUAAAUUCAACCAGGUAUCAGAAAAAGGAAUACAUCUCCUAGAGAGUUAGGCCCACCCUAACAUUGUGCUUGGUUCUCGGCAUAAUUUAUAUAAAAGAAUAUAGUGUGCUCCAAAAUGCUGCCAGUGUUUGACAUCCUGAAGGCCGUCUUUGUCCGGUGCAUACUGGUCAUCCAUGCCCUGGUGGCUGUGUGGAGAGUGACAGAGAGUUACCAUAACAACAUGUACUGGAUCCUGGCUUGUAUUCUGGUCCUUCUCUUUGCGGAGUCAUGCUAUACUGUGAUAAAAAGAAAAGGCAAAGAAUAUCAAAGAUUCAUGCCAGCUUUCUUUUGCUACCUGUGUACAGUUCUCACCUGCAUCUGGCUCCUGGAGCUGGACAAGACGGAGAAGUUUAUUGAGGGUCAAGCUGACUCGCUUGACCAGCCAGCAAACACCAGUGACACUGUUCAGAUUCCUGCUCCGUCCUUGACCCCCAAUACCUGGAUCAUGUUGGUAGAGGAGAUGCUUCCCUACUUCCUGUUUGUCUCACGAUGGAUUCUUCCCAGGGGAGAAGUCAAGAGAGAGCAGCUGGCGGAACUUCUCUUUGCUUUUAUCGGCAUCGGCGGAGACAUCAUGGAGUACUUCUCACUGCUGGGCGAAGAAGCGGUCAGGCCGAACAAGCAGCUGUGCUACGUGGUGCUGGCCAUCUGGUCAUUCUCCGUGAUGCAGUUCACCAUGACCAUCACGGUCAUCCAUCAGCCCAAGCGCCAGAGGAACAUAAACGUGGUAGCUGCGGACUCGGUGGACCUUAGCGCCCACAAGAAGCUGAUGAAGUUCCGUCAUGAGGUGUCCGCCAUCUUUCUGACCAUGAUCAUGCAGGACCUUCCUUUCAUGAUUGUUCGCCUAUACGUCAUGAUCGGCUUCAAUGUGGUCAACUACAGCCUCAUCUUUUUCACUUCCAAAAACAUCAUGAUCAUCUCCUUACUCUUCUACAAACUUAUCAUCAUCUGCUCAGCGUAUUAUCAACCGAAAUCUCCGAGCGAUGAUGACGAUGACGACGACGACGACGACGAUGAUGAGGACGACAAUGUCAGUAGGGGUAAAAAAAAAUCACAGUACCUGUCCCAGAACGGCUCAAAAAAGGAACUCGCUGACUACACCUACGAAACGGAAACAGCUCCAGCAAGCCAAAACAUUGACGUGGAAGCCAACAUUAAGAAACGAAACAAAAAGAAAGCACCAAAAUCUGACAGCAAAGCUUCAAACCCAUUCCCCGAGGGUAAAAUCAUAGUAUCUGGCAAUGGACUCUCGGUGAGUCCAUAUCUUAUUGAAAACCCUUCCUACCAACAUCCGCCCAACGGAGCAGCUAAAAACUUGACCACCAGGUCGACGAAUACAACUCCGACAUUGCUGCGGGUGCCGAAGGACGGGUUCAUAGAAAUCGAGCAUACGACGCCCCGGGGAGAUGAAUCUCAGGACACAGGGUUCACCUCAGAGAAGAGCCGCUCUAACUCUGGCUCCAAGAGAUCAUUGGAUGGUUCCAACUCAUCAUCGGACAGCUCCCAUUUUAAGUUUUCAUUUAACGAAGACGCAGCCGUCAAAACUGACAAUGACUAAGAACAAGAUACCAGUAACCCUCAUAGACGUCUUAUUGAAAAGUUCGGACAUUGAAUAAAACUAUGCAUUAAAAAAAUAUGGUUUACAGUACAAAAAGACAUUUUCAGUGAAAAAGUAAAACAAACUGAACAUUAUGUACAUAUAUAUAUUAGUUGAGCAUUCGAAAAUGACAAUAGAGAAUUAAUUCUAAUUCUUGUUUCCAUGACAAUAUUUAAAAACGUACUCCCUUAUUUGUUUAUUUUUAGUGUGUUCUGAUUAUUAUUGGGAAAAGAGAGAAGUUUAAUAUUAUUCAAAAUAAUGUUUGAAGCUAUUAAAAACAUGUACUGGAGGAAAAAAAUAGAUCAAUAAUUUUUUAGCCAGCGUUUAUCCGAACACUAGAACCAUGUAAAGUCAACGAUGUUAGCGUUGUUACGUAGUCAAAAAGUUAAUUAUCCGGUGUAAAGACUGCAUUUCUUCCUUGUGACUUGACUUAAGAUUGAGCACUGACAUAUAUGUCUAUGAAUUGGAGUAAGACAGUGUAUAUUUAAAUACACAUUUUUUAAAUGCAUCGCCGAUAUGUGCCUAUCUAGGGGUUUCACCCGAAAAUAAAUACACAUUUUUUAAAUGCAUCGCCGAUAUGUGCCUAUCUAGGGGUUUCACCCGAAAAUAAAUACACAUUUUUUAAAUGCAUCGCCGAUAUGUGCCUAUCUAGGGGUUUCACCCGAAAUUAAAUACACAUUUUUUAAAUGCAUCGCCGAUAUGUGCCUAUCUAGGGGUUUCACCCGAAAACGCCACUUCCGAUGACGUGCCUUAAAUUAUGAUUAUGAUUAUUGUAGAUUUCAAAUAAAAAAAAAUAUAGAAUGAAAGCUUUGUAGUUAUAAAACUUUAUAAUCAAUAAAACGUUCUCGCCUCAAACAAUCUUCGUUGAUAUCUAUACACCGCUAUCUUCUAUGACUAUGAGAAGAAUCUGCUUCAGUUUUCAAAGUGGAUGAGACUAAAAAGGCUCCAAAUACUUAAAAGUGUAUACACAUAUGUAACUUGUAUAAUAACUAUUCAUAUAUGUAACUCUUAUAAUAACUAUUCAUAUAUAUAACUCUUAUAAUAACUAUUGAUAUAUGUAACUCACUCUUACAAUAACAUAAUGUUUAUGUUGAAUUGGGUGUUGUUCCACUUUAUAACUGGAAAAAAAAUAUUUAUGACAUUGUUUGAUUGUUUAGUAAAAUGUACAUUACAUGCAAUGUUUUAUUACCGAGAUGUCUGGUUGACUUUGUUACCUGAAGCCAGUGUGUUUAUUAUAAACUUGGACUGUACUGAGAUGUAUAAAUUGAUAUUUUUU